UUUUAGUAGGGAAAAAAAAAAAAAAGACUUCCCGGACGUGAGGAGGAGUGUAAACAGCCCGGAGCCCAGAGCUGGAGUCCCGGGGCAACCGGAGCCCCGGGAUAAGGGGAUGGGGAACUGCCUGUCAUCACAGACCGCAGAUGAUCUGUCCCUGCUCAACGACUCGGACGGGGUCAGCUUACCCGGGGAGCCCCCACCUCCAUACCAGGAGCGGGAGCCUGUUCCUGUCUACCACCCCACACCCAGCCAGACCCGCCUAGCUACACAGCUGACCGAGGAAGAACAAGUGUGGAUCGCCCAGAGGAUCGGCCUUAUACAGCACCUACCUAAAGGCAGAUAUGACCCGGGGUCCGAACCCUCCGAGAAGAAACCAAAAGAGUGUGUGAUCUGUAUGAUGGAUUUCGUCAGCGGGGAUCCCGUACGCUUCCUGCCUUGUAUGCACGUCUACCACAUGGAGUGUAUAGAUAACUGGCUGAUGCGCUCGUUCACGUGUCCGUCGUGCAUGGAGCCGGUGGACGCUGCUCUGCUCUCCUCCUAUGAGACCAGCUGAACAGGGGGCGUCGCACUGAUCUGUGAUGACAGGGCCCCCUGGUGGUCCAUGCAUUGAAGUUCUGCUUAGCGCUCUGGCCAAUAUAAAGUCCCGUCUGGUGUGACGUUGCUUGUUCUUGAGUGGUGAGAUGAUCUUCCAGCUGCUUAAUGGGGACCGGAGCCUGGAGCGUCCCACGUGCAUGACAUUGACUAUCCUUAAUAUGACUGGAGCGGAGGGGCCCUCACCCUCCUUAUAGGGCCCCCUAUGGACAGCAGAUGAGGAGACGCCAUGUAUCUGCUGACUCACCAGGCGCAGCACUCUGGAGGUUUCUCAUCUCGUACCGACCUCUUCAGUGAUCGUACCUCCUGCCGCCUAUAGACGGGGAAUUGUGGUUUUCAUACUGAUACCAAAUCGCUUGUGUGAGUGUGCGCUGCAGAGUAUGAGCGGGCGGCAUGAUGCCUGCACAUUGUGGGGGGAGGUCAUGUAGGAUUUAGACAUAUAAAGGGCACCUGUCACCAACAAUGCCCCCUAUAAAGAGCACUUUACUACCCCCCCUUCCCUGAGUCGUUCUUUUGUUUAGCUUAGUCUGCCUGGGUUGUCACCCACCUUUCCCAGAGUCCUGAAUUACAAGUCUGCCUUAUUAUAUAGAGAUGCACGAGGAGGAAUGUAAGAAGACCGGGGAUGGAAACGUACCUGGAUGUGUGAUGAUGGCCUCUAUCCUGUGGGUAGAAAUACUGUAACUCUCACUAUACUCAUUGGAGGAAUCACACAGCUUUCCCUGAUAACUGAACAAAACAGGCAAAUUUCAUUCUGGGAGGUGAGUGCCGUAUGCAUUUUAGGUUUAUAAGUUACCCCAAUAAAGCUGAACUAGUGCCAGCCAGUCUGGUCCCUUA